AUGUCUGAGCAAAAACAAUCCACCCAGUCCUCUAUGGACCCAAGCUCCAGCGCCGGCCACAACCCCUCGACUUGUUACGAAGUCGCCAAAGAUGGAGGUUCCCUCUCUAAUCGUAAAGCCAGUUAUGGUAUCGGAAUGGAUGCCAACAGUAUUGAGGAAGCAAAUGCGACUAUUGAUGCCUAUAUGGGAUAUAAUCCAAUUAAGAAGGAAUUAGGCAGGAAUUAG